CAGCAUGGCAUGAGGACGAAGAAGAGCAAGCCAUUGCACGAAACAGAGACACCGAGCUCAAUGGAUGAGUGUCAGCACACACCUCUUUCUCCCUGCAGCCAACAAACGAGAAACGCACGCACGCAGCGCAUGGCGUGGUGUUGGGGCGAUGGACGGGGCUGGGGUGUUCUCAUCGGAUGAGUGAGCGUGCCCUUUGUGCAUAGGCAUAUGUGGAUAGAUUCAUGGAGGCGAUUUGGACAAGCGAGUGCAUGGAUGCCAUCUGUCAAUUAUCUCUCCUCGGAUGCAAAAAAAAAACGCACGCAGCGCAUUCAUCAUCAUUCUUCGCAGCGCUCGUGUGAUGCCCACUUUGGCCGAAAGCCUUCGUGUUUUCUCACAUCGGCUUGGUUCCCUUCUUGUCCAGGGUCGACCACCCCGGGUCGAUACAAUGGUGACACACAGGGAUCCUACACCUGAACGAACAAAUCGAAUGAACCUGAACAAACAAAUCGAAUGCACGACAGUCUGCGCAUCUUCUUGUCAACGGGCCAUUACCAGAUGAACGCCGAGAUGGAUGUUGGGUGCUGCACAUGAGUUUGGGUUGGAACGCUUCAGACAAAUAUAAAAUGUAGACAGCGAUAGUUCAUCGCCACCUCUGUCUGCGUCGAGGCGGCUGCGCUAUGUUGUUUGGGGCGGGGGGUGCUGAAAUCAGCCACGGAAGGCCGAGGAGCUACAUCAUACACACACAUAGGUGCAGCAUUGCCGAGGUGGCGAACAUUUAUGUGUGUAGUCCCAAUGCUCACUUACCUCUUGUGCUGUGCUGUGCCCGUGGUAAAGCUGUAGAAUGAAGUAGAUGAGCUCCCCGGACGGCUGGUACGGCAUGAACGACGCCAGCAUGGCCGCCACAGACUGUGGUGUCUGCAAAGCGCGAAAAUAGGAAAGAGAGAGAAGUGUGUGACGUAUGCGUGUGUCUUCAUCUAUCUGUGUGCGUACGUACCGUGAGUGUGGCGAUGCGCUCGAUGGUCUGUGGGUCGGCCCCCAACGCCGUCAACAGCACCUUUCCUGGUCGAUACACACGCACAGAAGGCAAAGCAAAAGGCAUGCGUCCUGCCUGCCUGCAGGUGUCCUCCCUCGUGUGUGGUGCAAGCAGCCCAUCUACCUGUCUUGCGGAGGUCAUCCGCUGCUCCCGAGCCCUGCAGACAGACCAUUGAACACACACAAAAACGGCAAUAACAUGUCCCUCCACCCAGGCUCUUUCCCUCAUUGCAACCUUACCGAGGAAUCGUCAUAGUCUAGGUGGUCCAGGUCGAUCAAGACCGCCCUGGCCUUGAGGACCAUGACGUUGUUAGCCUUGACGUCGCCGUGUGAGAGCCUGCGGUGGUGGAGGAAGCCGAGCGCCUUCGUAGCCGGCCUGAACGGAACCAAGGGAGGGAGAGAAGCAGGUGAGGCUGUUGAUGCGUGUGAUGACGAGUAGAUGAGGCAUCUCAACCGACCGGCACCUGAUGACGCACACAACACAGGAAGGACCACACACAAAGAAGCCGCCUUCACCUCUCUCCCUCUCCCUCCCUCCCUCCCUCUCUCUCUGAUACGAUGCGCGCGUACAUGAGGGUGCCUCGCGGGAUUUCUGCAGUGUUGUUGUACCCCUCACAGAAGUCGUGGAACGUCCGGGUCGCCACCGCGUGAUCGUGUAUUUUGGCUGCGAUGAGGUACACGUCGCCCACCCGCUCCACCUCCGAUGGGUGACGGCACAGUAGUGUCAUGUCAUAUCUAAAGCCAGCCUGCACACGUCCGCACAUCCACACACACACACACACACACACGUCUGGCGCAAGGUGUCACGGAUGACACACUUGGCGCCGGCCUCCGUCUGACAAGCCAGCUCCCCCACGGUCGUCCCUGUAGACACGUACACAGACGCAGGAGAAAGCGGAUGGGAUGGAUGAGUGCUGUGUAUGCUAUGCGAUGCGUGUCUGACGAGACGUACCCCUCAGGAGCUCCAUGACGUACACUGUCCGCCCUCCGACGUUGAAGGAGAAGUAGUAGCGGGGCAGGUGCAGACAGUGUCGGAGUCCUUGCUCGCAAUACAUGCGAUACGUGUGGCGGGCGUACUCCUGACAUGCCGUGCCGCAUAGGCACACAGACAGACAGACAGACAGGCAGAGACAAGCCGUUUAAAGAUGGCAGAUCUGUGUGUUCUCUCUCUGUGCGUCUCGCACACGUACCCCCCCGGCAGACAUGUUCGGGUCGAGGACUUUGACCGCAUACUGCCCCGCCCGCCACACAGACCCCUGGCCGCCGAAGCCGAGCUCUUGUCGGCCUUGAGGCCGUACCGGUAAUAAGGGUACUCCUGCACACAAACGACACAGCAGCAGCUGGUGAGCCGAUUGCUGCCUUGUUGCUGUGAUCUGCCUUGCUUACGGCCACUGCCCUCUCGCCCACGUCGUUCUGCUACUUCUGCGGUGCAGACAGACAGACAGACAGACAAACAGAGAGACAGGGAAUGAUGUGAUGGACACAAACGGAGACGGAAGACCACACAUGAAGGGCGUGUGUGCCUGACUGAUCCCAUGCAGCCAUGUCACGCAGUGCAGCCCAGCUCACCCGCUCCACCUCCUUGUACUUCCUCCUCGUGGCGAUAACCUCCUCCAUCCUUUCCGGCUGGUGCUGCCACCUGCGCCAACGGGCCGCCUCGUCGGCCGCGAUGGCCUCCUCGAGGGACGGCAGGGGCUCAAAGGCAUCGGGAUCUUUGUUUAUUGGCGCAUAGCAAAGCACCUUUUCCAUUGCGCUGCUCAUCGUGCUCCUGAAAGAACAGACAUGGGAAUUCUGUGUGUGUGUGCGGCGGUGGCACAGGCUGACGAGUGUCAUGUGCAUGUGUCAACCGACCGACCUGCUCGAGGGAUGUAUGAUGAUGUCGUCGUGCAUCCCUCGGUACUCGCUGCAGAGCUGUGUCAGUGUGUUGUUGUCAAUACCCACACGGGAGACCGUUGCAGGCAGCCCCGCCUCUGUCCAAUCCACCCAUCCACAGCGCCACGCCGACGGGUGGUCGUGCACCUUCAGACGCACCGCCUUGGCAAGCUGCCCUACCACCGGACACACACAAGAGAACAACGCAACCAAUGUGCGGGGAUGGUCAUCCGGCUUCCUGGCUGCCUCUUCUCUCUGCUCACCUGAUCUCGCAUCAGCUUUACUAUGACACGCCGGGCCGAUUGCUUGCUUCCCGAGAGCCGCUCCGAAAUCUGAGGACGACCCACACGUCUACGAUAUCGAAUUUGCUCAGCCAU